AUGGAAAGGAUUGUAACUGACAACUCACAGGCAUGUUUUGAAGAUCUCAAGGUGGACGGAAAAUCACUAACAAAGGUUUUUAAAAUACAGCGUUCUCUCUAUAUAGUGAACCAUCUGUAUAAGCAACUCUCCUUAUAGUAAACAAGAAAUGCCGGUCCUUUCUUGUAUAGAGAGAGUACUGUAUUAUUAAAAAUCAGUAAGCGGAGCGCUUUAAGAAUGUUUUGACUUUUACAGCAACGGUUAUAACGGAUGCUGUAGUUUUUUUUUCCGUUUUUAAGCUUAACGUUAAAAGAGUAAAUUAUUACAGUACGUGGCACUUCCGUCUCCAAACGAAUUUGACGAGUAUUCUGUUGAAUUUCUGUUUUCGAUUGGUUUGGUAAGUAAUAUUCAAUUGUUUUUUACGUAAAGUAUUCACUCCCAUCGUUUAGAAUAUAAUAGUUUGAAGAUAUAAACCAAAAACUUUCAUUUAGAACGUAAAAAAUUACUAUACCUUUCUAAAUUUCUAUUCUACCUUAUUCAAGGCCGGGCGCUAGGAGGAGAGUGGGGAUAAGGGUAGGGACUGUUAUCUUUACACAUAGGGGUAGAUGUAAAAAUAAGAGUAAGGAUAGGUAAAGCGAAAGGAGGGGUUUCAGUGAGUUGCAUCAAGAAAAGGUAGUUUUAAAAUCAUUUGAUAUUCCAUUUAUAGUUUCAACCAUCUCAAGCGUUUAUGAAACACGAAUACAGUGAUUUUCCAUUCGUAUGCAACGGCAUAACAGAAGAAACCGUACGCAUACCUGUUCAUAAAGUUAUUGUUGGACCCUCUUCUUCACAUUUUAAAAAUAUUUUUUUCAACAAAACAAAUGGGAGAUUAGAUAAGGAAGCAGCUAUAAACGCUGUCAAAGCAGGUGUAAGUGAAUCUUAUUUAUCAGUUGAUGAUAUAAACUUCAUUUUUUUAACAAACUUAAUAUUUAUUUUCAAAAAAAUUACAACUUGUAACAGUCUUGUGAAGUUUAACGUUAGGGCCAGUGUUUUGCCCGGUCCGGAGCUUGUUUCAUCGGUCUGGUCCGGCGAUUUUCGGUCCGGUCCGAAUUUCAAAUUUUUAGGUCCGGUCCAGUCCGCAAAAUUUUUUUUUUAUUUUUAAAAAAAGCAAGAAGCGCUAAAACGGCUUUCUUUUUGCUUAAAAACUCUUAAAAAUAUAUUUUAUUUGCAAUUUUUAAAACAGUUUUAUUAAAAUAAAAAACAAAAUUUCGCGGACCGGCCUGGAGCUUUUUCUUAGUCCGGGUUCACAGGUUUUUGGGUUCGAUUCGCAAAAAUUUUGGUUUCGGUUCGGCAAAACACUGGUUAGGACCCCUAAUAUAGAGGGCCGGGCGGGGACUUUUGGUCUGGGGGCAGGGGUCCAAAAAAUCGGCACAGGUAGAGCUACCUGUGCCGAUUUUUUGCGAAAAUUUUUUUCUAAAAAAUCCACAGGGCACAGGGAGGACCACGUUCAAAUUUUUUCGAAAAUUUUUUUUCUGGGGGGAGUACCCCCCCGCCCCCCCCCCCUUCCCCUCGCGCCUGGCCCUGCUAAUAUAUAUAUAUAAACUGUCUUUAGACUACUAUUUUCGAUUUUGAAAAAGUUGGAAAAAAGUUUUUUUUUACUACAUAAGGAUUUCUUAAAUAAUUUUUUCGAUUUCAGAUUGUCAAAGAGAUUCUUUAUUAUAUUUACCACGGGCGGUUGUCAGAAAACGCAUACUUAAAAUUGCCAGAAAUUGAACGAGCGGCCGAAUACUUUCAGUUGGACGAGUUAAAAAAGAACCUUAUGUCGGAAAUAGCUAAAUCUAUUAACCGUAACAACGUUUUAAAAUUGAUUUGUUUAAGUGAGCAACUUGAAAACGUAGAAAUUGCGGUAAAGGCAAAGGAAUACAUUGAUACAUAUAUGGAAUCAAAGGAUAUUGUAUGUUUAUUUAUGCUCUUAACUUGAAAAAAACAAAGUAAUCAGUUUUAACUUUGCUAUCUUAAUAUACGCUUAAAACACGGAGGGCUUAUUUUGUAAGCUGUUUUUUUUUCAGCUCUCUCGAUUUAGAGAGCCGAGCCAAAUUUCAAAAACCGGCUCGUUUUGAAUUUUUUACAUGAUCGGCCUAAAAACUUUUUUACCUCCUAGUCGCGCCUUAAGUUACGCCAGUGUAACAUCUAGUUAUACUUCAUCUAAAAAAUGUUUUUUAUAGAAGCAACUUUAUUAUAAUUUAAUAAAUAUUUUUGAAUUUUUAUAACGUAAAAGCAAUACUUGAAUUUAUUAAAAUUUAAGUUUUAUUUCAUUUUAGGAAGAGCUCUAUUCUCAACUCGUCAUUCAUUACCCAGAAGCCGCUAUUAAAUUUCUCAUUAGCAUGUAA